AUGACCCGCCCGUUGCCUAACGCCAACUGGUGCCUGCCGCCGCCCAGUGCCUGCUACCGCCCAGUAUCUGCCGCUGCCAGGUGCCUGCCGCCGCCUGGAGUCUGCUACCACCUGUUGUUUGUCGCUGCCUGGUGCCUGCUACUGCCCAGUGCCUGCCGCCACCUGGUGCUUCCCACUGUCCAGUACUUGCCACCACCCUGUACCUGCCACCACCCGGUGCCUGCCGCCACCUGGUGCCUGCCACCGCCUAGUGCCUGCCACCGCCCAAUGCCUGCCGCCACCUGGUGCCUGCCGCUGCGUAGUGCCAGUCGCUGCCUUGUGCCUGCUACCACCCGGUGCCUUUCGCUGCCCUGUGCUUGCUGCCGCAAAGGUGCCUGCCACCACCUGGUGCCUGCCGCUGCCCAGUACCUGUCACUGCCCGGUGCCUGCUACCACCUGGUGCCUGGCGCUGCCCCGUGCCUGCUUCCACGUGGUGCCUGCUGCCACCUGGUGCCUGCCGCUGCCCAGUGCCUGUCACUACCUGGUGCCUGCUACCACCCAGUACCUGGCAUUGCCCCGUGCCUACCACCACCCAGUGCCUGCCAGCGCUUGUCGGUUGUUCAGUUUUGGAGAACGCCUUAUGUCCUUUUUGGAGAGAGAAUAACGACAUGA